CAAAUCGCAUCACACCCCCAUCCAUUUUUAAGUUGAAUUUGAUUUAAUCAAAUCAAUUAAUUUUUGAAUUUUGAUUAUUAGUGUUUUCAUUUGAAAAAAAAAUCACCAUAUAUUUUAGGGAUCGAGUAAUGCCAAAGCCGGGCUACCUAUAUAAAGCCGCAACUCCCAAAAAUCAAAUAAAAAAAAACCAUUUAUUUUCCAACUAUUUCAAAUGAGAAAAUUGACAGUGUGACAGAAAGAAAGAAAGAAAUACGUCGAAAUUAAUGAAAAAAACAUGGCGGAGAUGGAAAUCCAAGUCCGAUCACUGAGCGGUGAAUCCACCGCCAUUGCUGUAUCGCCAGAAAAAACAGUUAACGAUCUCAAGCAUCUCUUGAAACUCUCUUUCCCUCCCGCCUCUUCUUCUCCCAAUUUUCACCUCUUUUUCAAGGGUACCAAAUUGAACUUGCAAAGCAAAGUGGGUAGUCUCUCGAUUCAAUCCGGUGAAUUCUUUGUUUUGAUUCCAUUUACUAAGAAAAACAAGCCUCAAAUUGAAAACCAUAGUUUUUCCAACGAUGCAAGCGCUGCGACAAGCUUUGCAGAUUCUACUUACUCUGAUAUGAUGCAAGAAAUCUCAUCUUUACGCGACGAUCUGGGAAAGUUUAGUAAAGAUAAUAAUAGUAAUAGUCAUAGUAAUAUUGAUAGGGAUGAGAAAAAUGAGGGGCAUCCUUAUGGGUUUUUAUUGAAUGUAUUGCAGUCUUCGAAUGGGGAUUUGUUUGAGGAAAAGAAUUGCCAGAAGUUUGUUGAGGUUUUGAAGUCCAUGAAUUGUUUGUCCAGUCCAUAUUCAGGGAAAUGUAUGUUGUUAAGUGAGGCCAAAUUAAAGAUUAGUGAUGAACAUGCUUCAUGUUUGUGUCCUGUUUGGUUGAAGAAAAUUGUGGAGGCGUUUGCUUUCUUAAGCAUUUUGUCUGUGUUUUUUAAGCUGCGAAAAAUGAGAAUGACUACAGGUUGUUUGAAGCAAGUGAUGGAGAGUUUACAAAAUUUUGGGGUUGGGGUUUAUAUGGAGGAAAUAGAGUGUCUUUCUGUUCUUUGUCCCAAGGUGGUGUGUUUUGUAAAUAAUGAUAUGGAGCCUAAAAAUUUUGGUGAAGCACUUGUUAUCACCCGUUCUUCAACAAAGGAGGAAGACAAAUUUGACAACAAACUUGGAGCCGGUAAAACAUGCAUGCCUCUUUCAAAGAUUUUUAGCUUAAUGAAGAAAUGGGAAAGGUCAUUCAAAACUAGCUUGUGGGAGAAUAUCAAGUUGUUAAUGUCUAAAGGGAAAUAUGAGAAUCUGCUCUCCUUUUCCUUAGAGGAUUUGCUUACCUUUGUAAAGAACGGUGGCAGUGAUUUGGAAAGAAAUGAAGCAAAACGGGCUAGGAGAAGCAGGUCCUCUGCUUCAAAUUCAGUCAAAAGACGAUGUCAUGACACGAGUCAUUUGGUACCAUCAGAAAUGGUCGAGCACCUCAGAAAGAGCAUUGGAACGGAUGGACAGAUGGUGCAUGUUGAAAAUAUUGGUGCUAGGAAAGCUUCCUAUGUGGAGAUACCUAAUGAACUCUCGGACAACUCAAAAUCUGCCCUUAAAAGCAUUGGAAUCAAUAAAUUGUACAGCCACCAGGCAGAGUCGAUAAUGGCAUCCCUUUCUGGGAAGAAUGUUGUGGUAGCAACAAUGACAUCUAGUGGGAAAUCUGUUUGUUAUAAUCUGCCAGUCUUGGAGGCAUUGUCCCAUAAUUUGUCGUCAUGUGCACUUUACUUGUUUCCCACAAAGGCCUUAGCUCAAGAUCAACUAAGAGCUUUGUUAGCUAUAAUAAGUGGAUUUGAUUGUAGCAUAAAUAUUGGGGUAUAUGAUGGUGACACUUCUCAGAAAGAAAGGACAUGGCUUCGAGACAAUGCUAGAUUGUUGAUCACAAAUCCUGAUAUGUUACAUAUGUCAAUCCUGCCAUUACAUAGACAAUUUAGUAGAAUAUUAUCAAAUCUUCGUUUUGUAGUGAUUGAUGAAGCUCAUGCUUAUAAAGGAGCUUUUGGAUGCCAUACUGCCCUUAUUCUAAGAAGGCUUCGCAGGCUUUGCUCCCAUGUGUAUGGAAGUGAUCCUUCUUUUGUUUUCUGUACGGCAACUUCUGCCAAUCCUCGUGAGCACUGUAUGGAACUUGCAAAUCUGUCAACAUUGGAGCUCAUUGAAAAUGAUGGAAGUCCUUCUUCUGAAAAGCUUUUUGUUCUCUGGAAUCCUGCUUUACGUCUAAUAUCCAUGGGUCCUUUUGCUAAUGAGCCGGAUAAAAGCGAGUAUGGCAUAGAUUCUAGAAAUGCUUCUGUUAAGCGUUUCAGCCCAAUUUCAGAAGUUUCAUACCUUUUCGCAGAAAUGGUUCAGCAUGGACUUCGUUGUAUUGCUUUUUGUAAAUCGCGUAAACUUUGUGAGCUAGUUUUAUGUUAUACACGUGAAAUUCUUGAAGAGACGGCUCCCCACCUUGUCAAUUCUAUCUGUGCCUAUCGUGCUGGUUAUGUUUCUGAGGAUAGGAGGAGAAUAGAGAGUGAUUUUUUUGGUGGAAAGCUUUGUGGUAUUGCUGCAACAAAUGCACUUGAAUUGGGAAUUGAUGUUGGACAUAUUGAUGUAACUCUGCAUUUAGGCUUUCCUGGUAGUAUUGCCAGCCUAUGGCAACAGGCUGGUCGGUCUGGCAGAAGAGAAAGGCCUUCUCUUGCUGUGUAUGUUGCAUUUGAGGGGCCUCUGGAUCAAUACUUUAUGAAAUUCCCUGAGAAACUAUUCAGGAGUCCAAUUGAGUGUUGUCAUAUUGAUGCUCAAAACCAGCAGGUGCUUGAACAGCAUCUGGUUUGUGCAGCUCUUGAGCACCCAUUGAGUUUGCUUUACGACGAGAAAUAUUUUGGGUCUGGUCUGAAAAGUGCCAUAACUACACUUAAAAGUAGAGGAUACUUAAUUUCCGAUCCUUCAAAUGAUUCUUUGUCUAAAGUAUGGAGUUACACUGGCCACGAGAAAAUGCCUUCACGUUUGAUCAGUAUACGGGCAAUAGAGGCCGAGAGAUACAUAGUAAUAGAUACACAACUGAAUGAAACCCUUGAAGAGAUUGAGGAAAGCAAGGCUUUCUUUCAGGUAUAUGAAGGUGCUGUUUACAUGCACCAAGGGAGGACCUAUCUGGUGAAGGAUUUAGAUUUAUCAAGAAAAAUUGCUUAUUGCGAAAAAGCCGUUUUGGACUAUUACACAAAGACUCGUGAUUAUACUGACAUACAUAUUAUUGGUGGUAAAAUUGCCUAUCCUGCCCGGGUCUCAAAGGACCAGCUCCCAAGAACAACAGCUCAAGCAAAUCCUUGCAGUGUCACAACUACAUGGUUUGGCUUCCGCCGAAUACGUAGAGGAAGCAACCAAAUCUUAGACACUGUUGAUCUUUCUCUGCCUAGAUAUUCAUAUGAAUCUCAGGCAGUUUGGAUUAGUGUUCCACAAUCUUUAAAAAUAGAAGUAGAGAAGAGGUACUCAUUCCGUGCCGGUCUGCAUGCUGCUUGUCAUGCGGCUUUACAUGUAGUCCCAUUAUAUAUGAGAUGCAAUUUAUCUGACUUGGCUCCAGAGUGUCCAAAUCCUUAUGAUACCCGCUUCUUUCCUGAAAGAAUUCUAUUGUAUGAUCAGCAUCCUGGAGGGACUGGUGUCUCAAAACAGAAUAUGCAACAGAUCCAACCUUACUUUACAGAGCUUUUGCGUUCCGCUUUGGAACUUCUCACAUGUUGCCACUGCUCCUCAGACACAGGUUGCCCAAAUUGUGUUCAGCAUCCGGCUUGUGACGAGUAUAAUGAGCUCAUAAACAAGGAUGCAGCCAUCAUAAUUAUAAAGGGUGUUUUGGAUGCCGAGAAAUCAUAUUUUGAAGGACACCCGGAUUCCACACCCAGUUGUUGAGGAUAGGAAACAAUUCAACAUCUCAUGUAGCUUCGAGUGCUGAUUUUUUUACGUUGAAUUACAUUCCUUGGUUCAAAUGGCAUACCAUAUCUCCAUUCUCAAACCCCCCACAAUCCCAGAAAUUUCACCAGACAUUGUUCGUGAUUGCUAUGUCCUAAUGCCACUAAUUGCAAUUAUUUUUAUGCAUACAUACGUAUAUAUGUUUUAAGCAAUGAGUGGUGUUAGUGAGCCAUGCUGCUAAUGAUACCUGGGAAACUGUUGCCGUUGCCUUUGCCAAAUGCCGACAGAACCGAGAACAGGGCUCCGACUUCAAAUCUCCAACCUCCAAUCUCCAACAACAACAACGUGUGAAUAUGUUGAACUCCCGAAAGAGGAGAGAUAGGGCAGGUUCUGAUUGGCGUUUAAGAUGGAGAGAGAAUCUUAUCACAAAUCAAUCGAAUACUUUAUUCGUUUAUGUCUGUACUAAGCUAACUAUGUUAGUACAAUGAAAAUAAAAAUGAAGGAAAUAUUUUAUUU